AUGGCCGCUAAGUCGGAUGGAGCAGCGGUGUCUGUGGAAGAUGACAACACGCCCAGGAGCCUCUCGGAGCCGGGGAACCCCGCCGUCCGGCCCCGCUGCAGCGCCACCGGCGGGAAGCCCUACACCCUGCUGGACUGCUGCUGGGUGCUCUGCGCCCUGCUCGUCUUUUUCUCCGACGGCGCGACCGACCUGUGGCUGGCCGCCGACUACUACCUGAGAGGUGACUACUGGUGGUUCGGCUUGACGCUCGUCUUCGUCGUGGUGCCUUCCGCUGUGGUCCAAGUAUUGAGUUUCAGGUGGUUCGUGUAUGACUACUCGGAUCUGAGCUGCGGGGAUGGAGCAGCGAGCGGCAGCGGGACCGGCGCGGCGGCGGCAGGCGCGGCACUCGGAGCAGCUACGGCGGGCGACAACAGUUUAAGCACCAAGGACAGCGACCAGCGCGGUGGGAGCGCGGCGGCGCUGAACGCAGCCAAUGCUACCCCGGUUUACACGUCCUCUGCCCCGCCUGCGACGGCAGGGAGAGUCGGGGCCCCCCGGAGGUGCUGCACCGUCUGCAUGUGGGUCUUUCAAACCGUGCUUCACGUCCUGCAGCUGGGGCAAGUCUGGAGGUACAUCCACGCCCUCUACCUGGGCGCCCAGAGCCGCUGGCACAGCAACGGGCCCCGCCGCCACUUCCACUGGCGCCUGAUGUUUGAGAGCGCCGACAUCACCAUGCUCCGCCUGCUGGAGGCCUUCUUGAAGUCGGCGCCGCAGCUUGUCCUCCAGCUGAGCAUCAUGAUCCACGGGAACACCGUCCUCCCUCUGCAAGGUCUUUCGGCUUCGGCCUCCCUGGUCUCUCUGGCCUGGAUGAUCGCCUCCUACCAGAAGGUUCUGCGUGACUCCCGCGACGACAAGCUGCCCAUGUCCUACAAGGCCGUGAUCACCCAGAUGCUGUGGCACUUCUUCACCAUCGGGGCGAGGACCGUGGCCUUCGCCCUCUUCGCUUCCGUCUUCCAACUUUACUUCGGCAUAUUCAUCGUCAGUCACUGGUGUGUUAUGACCUUCUGGAUCAUCCAAGGUGAGACCGACUUCUGCAUGUCCAAGUGGGAGGAGAUCAUCUACAACAUGGUGGUGGGUAUCAUCUACAUCUUCUGCUGGUUCAACGUGAAGGAGGGCCCCAGCCGCUUCCGCAUGACCGUCUACUACUCCGUGACUCUGGCUGAGAACGUGGCGCUGACCGCCGCAUGGUACACCUACCGCGGCUCGCACACCUCCGACUCCUAUGCCGUGGUGGUGGUGUGCCUGGUGGCCUGCAGCUUCGCCCUGGGAACCUUCUUCAUGUUGGUGUACUACUGCUGGCUGCACCCCGAUGGGCCCGUUCUAGGCUCGCAGUGGGGAGGGUGUGUGGAUGAGGGUGCGGUGGGUGCGGGAGGGGUAGCAGGAGUGAUCGAUGCUUGCCUUACCCCGUCUCAAGGUUCCCAAACAGACAUGGUCAUUACCAGCCCUCCGAGGACUCUCCCCAGGACUAAAGACACGGGGGAGCCGGUCCCAGGGGAGCGAGACAAGGACAGAGACAGGGACAGUUGCCUGCCUGUUUUCCAGGUCCGUCCCUCACCUUCGUCCUCUCCCGCACUCCUUCACCGGACCUCCUCGUCGUCUCGCGCACAGGAGGGCCCCGUGAUCCGGAUCGACCUCCCGAGGAAGCGAUACCCAGCCUGGGACGCACACUUUAUCGACCGGCGCCUCCGCAAGACCAUUCUGCUCCUGGAGACCACGUCGGCCGUCAGCCCCAGGAUACAGUACAGGAGUAGCAUGAUGGGCAGCAAAGAGGUUUUAGAAUAUGAGACAACUGUCUAAGCCAACAGGGGUUCUUUAACUAAAAGGUGCAGUCUGGGACCGAGGCUCAGCCUGAGAUCAGUUCUCAUCCCAGGACUACCUACGCCAGGAGAAGCAUGAGAAGGAGACAAGAGUGUCAGGCAACUCUUUAAGAAAAAAAAUGAAAAAAUGAAAAAAGAGGUUGUCAAAACUUGAUUGUAAAAUGUGAAGCGCAAUCUGGGACCAAAGCUCCCCCCUUAGGGUGCAGUCCGGGAGUACGUAGCAUGAAUGAGCCGUGGGAAGAGAAAUGGAGUAACACUGAACUGGGAUAAUCUUCGUCUUUUCUAAAAAGCUUGGAGGUGAGAAAUUUAAUCUCUCAUCCUGGGACCAAGGAGUGUUAGAUUUAGUUUCAUCCUGCAUGGUCAGAACAAGAAGUAAAAGGAUUUGAGAGCAAUGAAGUUGCAGAGUUUGAGAUAAUUGAGAAGCAGCGUGCUGCAUGACCUUGAGCCUUGGACCCCGGAGACUCGACAGAGACUUACCAGGGAACUUUGAGAGUCUGGAGUCUGCACGGGACAUGCAAUCAUUUGGUUUGGCAGCAAAUUAGCCACUUACAGAUAAUAGGAACUCACUGUUGAUUUACAGGGGAUUAAAUACCUGGACGUCUCGGUUAAAAUUUGGUUGAAAAGUGAAAUCUAGGUUAAAUAUAAUUGGUCAAGUAUGAUGUUUCAACAAAAUUUGUAUAUUUCAGUGAAGCGGGAUAAAAUAUGUCAAAAAUGUGACUAACAAAGGCUAUUUUCUGCCCAGUUUAACCAAGACGUCUAGAUUUCUUCAUCUCCAAAUGCUUCAUAAUCUAAGAAAUUCAAUGACCCAACAGGACUUAAUUUGGUUUAGCAACGAAACAGAUAUUUUAAAUUUCUUCCCCCAAAAGGUUGCAUGUCCCUCACAAACUUCCAUAACUGUCCUUUAAGCUUUCUGUCCGUGGUGUCUAAAGAGAAACUGGUACGUUGGGCUCCAGUGUCACCACGAGGACCCACCACAUGUAGGCUCACGAGUCCAGAUGCUUUCUGAAAUGUACGCCUGAGAUACAAGAGAUAACAGUCACCCAUCCAUAUGUGAUACAGAAACAGCCAUAGCAAAAGUCCCACUGUUUACAUCCCAGCUGCUUCAUCACCCCCGAACCCCCAACCUGAGAAAGGACUUGUUUGGGGGGAAAAAAUCAAUCAGGAUUGGAUGUAAGGUGGAUGAUUUCUGCCAUGGCUACCAUCAUAUGGCAUGCUGUAACUCACCACACACAGGCCUGUGAUGUACAGUUGAAUUAAUACAGAUGUCAGAUAUAAGCUAUUAUAAUAAGCUGUAGUUAGGUGAUGAAUGACUUUUGGAUGAAGCUUCAUUUACUCGUAAAAGAGUCUAAAUGUCGUCCACUUUUCUCGAAAAAUACAAACAAUGUAGAGGGUCUCAUGAACAGCAUCAUUGUGCUAUGAAAACAUUUUUCCAGUGUUUGGUUUAUGUGGCGAGAGCAGUAGCUGCUGAGGAAUAUCUCCUCAUCAAGUCAACCAGACCUUAAAGAGAACGAAGCUGGUAGUCAGAGAGCAAAUUGAUUAUGGAGAAAAAAAAUAAAGAUGCACGUUUUUGUAGGUAAGAAUCUUUGCAGGCUCGUAAAAGCUGCUGUUUGGUGGCGUUGUUGUUUACAAAAUGAAACCAUGUACAGGCCUUUGAUUCAGAGCAGAUUCUGGCAGAUUCAGGUUAGUGACAUCAUCAGUCGACAAAAAAAUAAAACGGUCAGAUGAGAAAUCCUCUUUUUGCUCUUUUCAAACUGCUGUUGUGAUGCCCCGAAGCAACAACUUGAACAAAUUCAGCGGAGCCAAUCGGUGAACCAACUUCAGAGGUCGAAGUGUAAAUGCAGCAGCUCCCAGGUGUGAAUGUGUUAAUAUCAAUUAGAAGCAGCUGGAUGUUGAGAGAGAGUCAAGCAUGGUCAGCAACAGUACCUGAAGGAAGAACCGUUUUUAAAAAAUGGAGAAAAAAACACACUAGCAUCAAAGCUAACUUCUGUCCUCUCUCAUAUUUCAGAUUUCUCCUCGGCAGUCUCUUUGAAGUUUUCUAAAAAAUACUUCUUUUUUUUCCUUAAAAGCCUUUAGGGUUAGUCUGUGCAUUUAGGUGACUUGUGAUUUGUUAUGAAGUGGGAGUUCUUUCAGUCCAUCCCAGAAACAUUUAAACCAAUGUUGUGAUUGUUUUAGAUAAAGAAAGCAGAAGGUGUUAGCAUUUUCAGCAAUUCACUCAAAAGCAUUUCUCUUAAAAACAUGUUUCUUACGUCACACUGAUUGAACUCGAAAAGCAUUUUCAUCUUGUUGAAGAUGCAUUUUUACUCUGCAGUGAUUCAGGCUCCCAGUUCAUGAUACUAUAAAUACUAUUUUUUGUAUCUUAGUAGCUGUAAUACCAAGAUAUUUACAUUACAACCCAACAAAGCAUUUAGAAGAUGCCAAUGUUCAGGGGGUCACCACUUCAUGGUUGACUGACACGAGCACAAAAACCAAACUCUAAUGGCACAGUAAAAACUCCCAUGUAACAAAUAUAUUAAGAUUAGAGUUUUUACAAAGCAGGAGAAGAAGAAGCAGCUUUGGAUGACAAAAAAAAACACAUCAUUUUCAUUUCCCCUCACCCUCCUCAGAGCUGGCAAAGGCUGUUGCAAACAUCAGAAUUUCACAUCAAAAAUGUUUAUAGUGUAAAAAAGAAUAUCUACUUAAUGACAAGUGUUUCAUCCACAGAAAGCUGUUCCACAUGUAUGAACCUGUUCACCAUCUCCAUACUGACGGACAAUAAGAAGAAAUCAUUUACUGUAGAUUGGAGCAAUGUACUGUUUACUUUUUUUGGGUAGUGAAGUCUUUUAAAACUCAAACUGUUCCCUCCUGCUGCCACCUGGGCCAACAGAAACAUGUUUGUUGUUGCAGUAUCCAGUGCGGGUUUAAUGAUCACCUCUACGCUGAUGAUGCAUGUGUUUAUUCUGAGGUGAUGAAUGGACUCACAGGAGAAGUGUUUCCAGCCUUGUGUACUUUGAAGGUGAUGGGUAGAGCAAGUCACAGAGAGCGGGUUAUAUAUUUGCUUUUUAACAGUGCAUUCACGUAGAUAAACAAUUGUGAUGCAAGCCGCAUUGUUCAUAUUCCUGCCCACGAAAUGUCAACAUAGAGGAUUAAAAAGUGCAUCUGCUCGGCGGCAGAUUCGGGCUGAAUCACCCCUAUUUGAGAACCAUCAAUUUUUACAGCAAAAAAAAAGAUAUAACCCAUUUGUUGCUGCCCUCUAAUACAAGACACAUGAGCAUUUCCUCACCUGUGCAAAGAAAUCAAAAUUUUCAAAAAACAUGUGGUUUGUGUUAAAAUAAGUACUUUUGUUAAGUUACUUACUUCCCAAUACAUGAUGUAACUACAUUAGUUGCGUUGUAAUGUUAAAAAACAACAACUUUGAUUUCACACGGGAACGCUGUCCUGAGCUCCUGUCAGAAUAACUACAGCCACUCGAGGUCACCCCCAAAUACCAAACGUAGAUAUGAGUCGUAAUAAGCAGCUUAAACAAAUAACAUGUAGUAUUGUCUUUCCAGGAUGUUGCAGUCAAUUUUUUAUGCACGUCUUUAAUGUUGUGAAAUAAUCGCAGUUUGGUUACGAUAAGGAACCAAAAGUUUUUACGUAGUGACUCAGCAUUGACUUUUAUUUUCACACGAGACACAAACAGCGAUGUCCUGGGUUUGUUUGACCCAUCCAACUACCUUCACCUUCUCUCUCCGCAGACUUUGUCACUCUUUAUAUUACGUCACCUGAAUUCCUUCUUUGAUCUCGUCGGAAUUAAUACGACCACUAUGACUAGUCGCCGCCUAACUUUAAACAUAAAUAUGAAUCGUAAAGUUUUAAACAUGUGGUUAAUGGUGUGAAAUAUAGUAGUUGCAGUUUGGUUACAAAAUGGACAAAAAUGAUUUUCAGGUUAAGUUAAAAAAUGUGGUUUGUGUUAAAAUAAGUACUUUUGUUAUGUUACUUACCUCUGAACACAUGUGAUGUAGCUACAUUAGAUAAAUAGUUACAUUAAGAUAAAAUAACUUGUUGACUUUCACAAAGGCAUCACCUGACUUACUCCUUUGCUCGGGUCAGAAUAACUACGGCCACUCAAGGUCACCGCCUAACAAUUAACAUUAUUGUGUUGAAAAUAAGUACAUAUAUUGUGUUACUUACUUCCGUACACAUGUGACAUAGCUACAUAAGAUAUGUAGUUCCGUUAAGAUAAAAUAACUUGUUGACUUUUAAUUUCGCAUUGGACACAAACAGUUUGUUUGACCCAUCCAACUGCCUCCACCUCCUCCCUUUGCAGACUUUGUCGCUCUUUAUGCUACAUUGCCUGGCUUCCUAAACAUAAAUACAGAUCGUAAUAGAUGGGUAACAUUGUGAAACGGUUGCAGUUUCUUCAGUUUAGGAAAAUAUUGUGGUUUGUUUUAAAAUAAGUACAUAUGUUAUGUUAUAUAGUUCCAUAUGCAUUGAACGUCAUUACAAUAGAUACAUAGUUACGUUAACACUCAGCUUUGACUUUUAUUUUCACACGGGACACAAACAGCGCUAUCCAGGGUUUGUUCGACCACCUCAACCUUCUCUCUCUGCAUACUCUGUCGCUCUUUAUAUUACGUCACCUGACGUCCUCCUGCGAUCCAUCAGAAUAACUUCGGCCCCUAGAAUUCAUCGCCAAACAAUAAGCAUAAAUAUGGUUAAAAUAACUAUGUUAUGUUACUUACUUCCAUACACAUGUGACAUUGUUAAAUUAGAUAUGUAGUUACGUUGACUUCAAAUAACUUGUUGACUUUUAAUUUCACAUUGACAGAUCCGACCUCCUCCCUCCGCAGACUUUGUCGUUCUUUAUACUUUGUGACCUGACUUCCUCCUUUGCCCCCAUCAGGAUUACUACCGCCACUAACAAUAAAUGUAAAUAUGAAACGUAAUAAGCUGCUUAUACUAACGACCUGUAUUGUCUCAUUCGUGUGUCUAAUUGAUGGUUAUUUUUAGCACUGGAUUCAUGAUGUGGUUAUCAUACACAUAUCACUUGUUAAAAGCAAGUAUAUAAGCGCUCUGACCCUCACAAGGUUUGUGGUUGUAUUCCCAUGAAGACACCAAGGGCAAAAAUGUCCAAAUGUAAGCUCUUUGGACAUGUGUGUGUGUCUCCUCUGCAGGGAAACGUCAUUCUAACUCUGGUGGGUCGAAAUGGAAAGAUCAAAAAUUAGGAAUACAAAGGUAAAAACUUGGUAAUAAUAGUCGUAUUAUCCUGACAGUGUUGUGUCCUACCUGAACUUGUGGAUGUUGGUACAGUGGUGACAGUCACUGCGAUGUUAAUGGUGCUGAAAACAACGACUCUAUGUCAACAAUGAUUACGUCAUGUCGAACAUGAUAAUGUACAGAUGAUGCAUAUGUCGACCACCCCGACAUGGGCUGAGGGCGAGGCUUCGCUUCCUCUGAUUGGGUAACGAACUGGUCCUUUGUCGUCGAGGUAAAAUUAAAAGUGGUGCGCUGGUUGUAUAUGAUCAAAAACAUGUUAAAAAGUAAACAGUGAGUUUAAAAACUCAAAUCAUCUUUUAUUAAUUAAUGCAAGUAUUUAUGUUUAUUUAUUUUUGUAUUUGUUUUAUAUCUAUUUAUCUAUUGUUUACUCACUCGGUGGCCAUGUCUUUGGUAUGACUCUUAUAUUAAGAUGUAAAAACUGAAAAUAGAAUUUUUUUUUUACUCAUUCUAUAUAUCUGUAUAUACCAGAGUGGCGCUAUACUAGGACGUGUAUGUAUGUAUGAGUAUGUGUGCUUCGGUUUGUAUGUAUGUAUUGUAUGUACAGUAUGUAUGUAAGGAUGUGCUCUAAGUUCUUUUUGAUAAUGCUGCUUAAACAUCCUCCGAGUGAACGAGCAGAAAAAUAAACCAGUGGUGAAAAUAUCUAUGACGCUGUUAAAAAAGAGCUCAACAAGCUGUGCUGAUAACUGUAGAUGGGAACAAUACUGUAGUAAACAUGGCUGAACAGCCGUCAAAAUA